AUAGUCUGCAGAGGCUGAGCGGACAUUUACAAAACAUGCGUGGUAGCAUAAUGUGGAGAUUGGUCAGCGCGGACCGUACGUAGGAAAGCUAUAAGAAGACGGUCCAGCUCGGCCUCUACCCGUUUUCACCUUCUCCCAAGGAACUGGUUUCCCUCCUUGCCUUUACCCAAUCGCUCCACCUCUCCCUGCUUUCCCGCCCUUCACGCCCCUACUGAUCUACUGGUGAGUAUCCUUAACGGCGGAUGACAUCCAGACGCAAGCUCACGCCCCUUCCAUUGUAUGCUCUUGAUACAGGCUGGAUCACACUCUUGACAGACACCGUUGCAAGCGCCAUGAAAUCUACUCUCUUCGUUGCGGUGCUCAUCGCGUCCCUGGCCACCUUCUCCUUGGCCCUUCCAUUCGGCGACCCGAGUGCUGCCUUUUCAUUCACCGUCGUUCAGGAUCGCUCGCUCAACCGCGAGGAUGCCGCACUCAUCAAGCGCGUGCUGGCAAGCCAAGGAGCUUGCGGUUGCGCGAUCAGUCAAAGCGCCAUGAUGGAAUCCUGCCCUGCCGGGUCAAAGGCCAUUGGAAGCAGCUGCUGUGGCCACCCCAUCUGCUCUAACGGUGCCAGGCCCACCAAGCCCGACUUUCAAGGUGUGACUGGUGCGCUCAAGCAGAGGAGGUCCUUCAGCUUCAAAAGGGAACCUCUGGACUCGCUCAGCAAAGGCAAUUGUGCACUGGUCAAGUGUGCUAUGCGCAAUGAGCCUCGCCCUACUUGCUCUGGCGGUGAGGAGCCCAUCGCCAACGAAGGCUGCUGCGGUACCAGCUUCAGAUGUCCUAGCAGCCAAAAGAGUCUCCUUGGUGGAGCCAGUGAAACGCUAAACAACGCUAAGCGCCAAAGCGCUCCGGGGCUUCUCAUCGCUGCUGUUCACAAAGACCUCCAGAAACGCCUCACUUCCACUGGCAACACGACGCACAAAGAGCUUUCCGAACUCACGUCGUGCAGUUGCGCUUAUAAGCCUGCGGGACCUCCGCCUACUUGCAAAGGAGGUGCUGAGCCUACGCAGUCCAAGGGCGCAUGCUGCGGACCUCGCUGGAGCUGCCCUGAUGGUCAGGAAGAAUUCAAAUUGCCGUCCACUCUAGUCGGUCGAGACCUCGCAGCAAUGGACGGCCUCGAGGAGCUCGAAGCACGCCAGAGCUCUGGCAUCAGCCAGUCGCCUCCUGCUUCUCAUCCACCUAGAGAUGUCUACGCUGCCGAAGAGGGAGCCGAUGUCGCCCCGGAACAAUUCGAGAGGUCGACGUCCGUGGUGAAGGUCGAGUCUAGACAAGCGUCUGGCAUUGGGCAAUCUCCCCCUGCCUCGCACCCACCCAGAGCCGUGAUCCCCUCCGACGCCGACGAGGAAAGUAAGCGGGCAGAGCUAGGCAAGUCGGCGGACGAAGACCUGUCUUCAAUCUUGGCCAAUUUUGCGAGGAGUCUGCCAAAUGGAGAGACCACGCCGGUGCGCAGGGACGAUAAGCUAUCCUCUCUCAGAACCGACCCCAAGCUCUCCGAGCUCAGUAUGACGACUUGCGGAUGCAAGAUGGAGACCAAUUCCAUUCCCCCGACUUGCAAAGGAGGUGUUCAGCCCGUGGCAAGCUCCGGAUGCUGCGGUACAAGGUACACGUGCCCCAGCGGAGCCUAGAAACGCUUCUGACUGGCCAUGUGUUGAUUCUUGUGAUAUCAUCUGAAUGCAAUGCUCUGCUCUGUUCACGUAGACUGGCUACUGCGUGCAAUUAGCGAGACCCGGGCUGUCGUCGGCAGGCCGCAAAGGUUGCUCAGCGCUCCUUUGACUGCGACGCUGCCGUUGAUUACGAGAGAAACAAGCUGGCCGAACCCUCAGCGCGCGUCUCGCUCUCGCCAAACAAAGAAGACGCUGCUCAUGAACUACAUAAUUUCCACCAAGAAAGCUAGCCAGCUUUGGCGUCCAGGGCAAAGAGAGGACCCCAGCUCCUCCACAUGCGUU